AUGCAUUUUUAGAGUAUCAUGGAAGAGGGUAUGAAAGAAUCAUCAUACCUACAACUUUAAUAAUAAGGUAUAAUAAGAUUUUGUAACCUUUUAGUUAAUGAAUCAAAGGCACAAAAAGCUUUAUCAGAGAUAUAAAGUCUAGAACGCAUUUGGCUCAGUUGGAUGACUCAACAAUAGUCAGGACAAAGCUUGGCCGAGGAAAUGGUUAGAAAGAGCGAUUCGAUCGAUGUAGAAUGCACCUAGGAAACUAAUGUAUCGAUUGUUACAUAAUAUCAUAGAGUGUUGACAAGAAUAAUUAACUUAAAAAGUUUUUCGAAACCUUGAAAUAGAGAAUGAUAGAUGAUAAAAUAUACAGUACGUUGACUCAAACCCAAACAACCUAAUUUUUUGAAGAAGUCACAACUCAAAUUUAAAACAAAAUAAAACUCUAUGAAGACAUACAGAAACUAAAAUUAUUGUCUAAUUAUCCAAGUACAAUUCCAUUAUUAUACAUUUCUUAGCUAAUACUAAGAGGACUUAUUCCAAAUAAGCAAACAUGGUCCUUAAGAAAUGGCUAAUUGAAAACUACAAUAAUCCAUAUCCAAAACAAUAGUAGGUUGAAUAAUUAGUUCAAUAAACGAAUCUCACCAACAAAUAAGUAAAUUGGAAUCCUCUAUCAUAUAUAGGUUUUAAAUUGGUUUAUAAAUGCCAGAAAUAGUUUAAAAAAUAAAUCAUCUUAGGAAAAGAAGUUUAAGCAUAUUGUUGAAACCAAAUUUAAAGAGAUUGCCACCUUAAAAAAGAGGAAAUUAGAAUAACGAAUUUGA